UUUAUCUUUGAGAAUAGUAAUAAUACUUCGAUAAUAAACUAUGAGUAUAACAACGGAUGCCUUCAAAACCGAACUGUUAAAUUAAUGGUUGAGGAAUUCAAGCAGAAAUUUGAAAAACUUAACAAUUUACAUUCAAACGAAUUAAAGCUCAUAAUACAACAAAAUCAUAAAAAUAUAUUUGAAGAUAUAUGUGAAGCGAAAAGGAAUAUUGCAAAAUCUAUGACAGACUACAUUCAACCAAUUGGUAAUGUUUGCGUGGAUAAAAUAAAAGAACGUAAGAAAUUUGUGCUUAAUACUUUGCUGCUUCUUGAAACGACUCUUGAAUAUAUAUGCAAUAUGAAUCAGAGUAUCUUUCAUAACAUAUACGAGCUCCAUUCUGAAAAUUGCUUUAUAGAAAAUCUUCAAAACCUUAGAAAUUGUCAAAAGAAAUCAUUUGUUAACGUUAUAUUCUUUUGGAUACCACAAAAAACCCCAACAUUAAUGCAACUGCUAAACGGUGCCACAUGCAAUUUCAAUUAUGACAAAAUGUUGGAAUGCUCGAAAACUGUUCUAAGCACUUCGCAAACAUGCUCACAUCCGGAUGAAGCUUUCAAACUUCUCAUUUAUCAGAUUGAUACUAUCAAGGCAAACUCUCAAUGUUUUAAGCACAAAACUGUAUCUGAAAUAAUCGAUGAAUCCUCAGAGGAUUCAAGCAAUAUUGUAACAUGACCUUAAGAGGAGUUAUAUUUACCAAUAAGAUAUUUGAUGUUUGCUCUCGAGCUUUUUCGAAACAAUUCAAUGUUUACUUUAGAUAUGAUCUUUUGUUUUGUUUCAUCUAAAAACAUACA